AUGACGACGAGGUCGGAAUCGGUGACGCCAGGUUCCAAACCCCAAAUAAUCGACCUCGACACCCCCAAUCCCCUCACAUCGCUUCACAAGAAACCUCAAUUAAAUUGGAAACCUUCUCUGCAAAUCUUUCUCCCCAAGAAGGCCAAGUGGAUCAUAUUUGGGAAACCGGAUCCCAACCUGACUGUGGUAUUGCUAGAGAACCAGCCAGAGAAGAAGCACUACAGAGGAGUCCACCAGCGGCCUUGGGUAAAGUUCGCCGCCGAGAUCCGCAACCCGAACAAGCGCGGGUCGAGAGUGUGGCUUGGAACCUUUGACAUCGCCAUCGAGGUCGCCAAGGCCUACGACUGUGUUGGCUUCAGGCUCCGUGACUCAAAGGCCAUUCUCAACUUCUCGCUUGAAGCAGGCAUGGUAAGCGGCGUCGUCGAGGCCGAAGGCGAAAGGAAACGACAACGCGAGGAGAAGGAGGUAGAGGAAGUGAAGUCGGUGGUGAAGAAGGAGAAAACAAUGGAACAGGAGGUGAACUGUUUUCGGGAGAUGCCGUUAACGCCUUUAACUCCAAUCUCGAACCUAAUUUGA